AUGUCUCACGCCCGUUUCCGUUUAAGACUUGACGGUGCCGUUACCCACGCAUCGUUUUAUUUUUCCUUAUGUCUGGAUCGUGGCAGGCAAACGUGUCGGCUUCUGUAUUAUACCCCGGCCAGAGUUUUUACUUUUUUCAUUACUAGCACUGUGGAAUUGGUUAAUUACACAAUGUGCCUUUUUCUUUACUAGGACCCACUGCCAUGGCUAAAACCCACACUCGCCACAAGCCACAGCCAUGACUCGUUAUGGGACGAGCGCCUUGGUAAGUGUGCGAGUUGUGUUAGCACGUG